AUGGGUAACGAAGAGUCCACCAUGCUGGACGACAGUAUCCAGCCCAAGACGCUGCAUGCGCGCACACUCGAAGCCGUCGCCGACUACAUCAAGUCGGGCGAGGUCAAGAAGAUUGCCGUCAUGACCGGUGCCGGCAUUUCUACCGCCGCAGGCAUCCCCGACUUCAGAUCCCCCGGCACAGGUCUCUAUGCCAACCUUGCCCGCCUGAACCUCCCCUACGCUGAGGCCGUCUUCGACAUCUCCUACUUCCGCAAGCACCCCGAACCCUUCUAUUACCUCGCCAAGGAGCUCUACCCGGGCAAAUUCUACCCUACCGUCUCCCACGCCUUCAUUGCGCUGCUGGCCAAGAAGGGCCUGCUGCAGAUGAACUUCACGCAGAACAUCGACUGCCUUGAGAGGCGCGCUGGCGUCCCCGACGACAAGAUCAUCGAGGCCCAUGGCAGUUUUGCCACCCAGCGUUGCAUCGAGUGCGGCACAACGUUCCCAGCCGAGCUCAUGCAGAAGCACGUCCAGGACGAGGUCGUCCCCAAGUGCGGCACUUGCGGCGGGCUCGUGAAGCCGGACAUUGUCUUCUUCGGGGAGGCUCUACCAGAGUCAUUCCGUAACAACACCCAUCUACCCGCCAUGGCUGAUCUCAUCAUUGUUCUUGGCACCAGUCUCUCGGUCUACCCCUUUGCUGGUCUGGCCGAGGCCUCGCGGUCUGGAAUCCCUCGUUUGUUGCUAAACAGGGAGCGCGUCGGGCAGAUGGGUCGGAGAGCUGACGACGUCGUAGAGUUGGGCACCUGUGAUGCUGGAGUACGAAGGCUCGCCACACUUCUCGGCUGGGGUGACGAACUGGAGGACCUUUGGCGUGGCAUAGUUGGCGAGAAGGAGGCUGAGAGGCAACUCGCGUCGGCCGCGGACGAGGGCGAGGAUGAUCUUGAGGAGGAGAUCCGGAAGGUCACCGAGGGUGUCGAUGCCGCGCUGAAGCUGGACGACGACAAAGAGCCCGCCAAAUCCACCGAGAAGCCUUUGGAAGACUCAGAAGAAGUGGGAUUCUCGCUAAGACCGGACGGCGAAAGUGACACUGAGGAUGCGCGGAAGAACAUACCCAAGGGUGUUGUCUCCAGGAUGUCCAAGGCCCUUCAGGGCGAAGCAGAGAUUGGCAUAGACAUCAAGGACGACCGGGGCCGCGAGGGAAGGACCGUCAAUGGCUCCGAGGGCGCGCCCAAGGACGCUCAGGAUUUCCGCAUCGAGGCCAAGAGAAAGAUCCAGCUCGCUAUUCAAGGAAUGGCCACUCCUCUUGAUGAGGUCGCCAUCGUCUUCGACUCCCAGGCGCCCGUUGCCGAGAUCAAGGAUGAGGACCCCAAGACCCAGGAUCAGCUCACAGGACUCUCACGGUAUGAGCAGGUGCCUGCUCCGGGUACCGAUGUCGAUGCCGAGGGGUACGUUCCUCCUUCGAAGGGGGCGAACAGCACUGAAUCCCAGUCAACCUCGACGGCUUCAACGACACCUGCGCAAACAACAACGGACAAAAAGGAGGAACUUUCGUCAUCGAAGGCGACAGACGACAAGUCGCCAUCUGACGGGGCCAAAUUAUGA